AUGGAUUCCAUCAAGCAGGGUGCCAACUACGUUUCCGAGAAGGUCCAGCAGGCUACUACUGGCACCGAGAAGGAGGCCAACAAGCAGGUCGCCAAGGACUCUGAUGCCCCCGUCGGCACUCGCGCCUCCGCUGCCAAGGACGCUCUGGGCAACAAGUUGGACGAGAGCAAGCACGACGCCAAGGGCGAGGCCCACAAGCAGGCUAUCUAA